GACUCAGUGCAGUCAUGUGCGGAAAGUCAGUCCGGUAACAAACAGGGAAAAAUAUCAUCAGGAGUUUAGCUCAGCCCGACGCUUCCCGCCUGUAGAGUUAUAUAUAUAUACAGUUUCUGUAGCUAGUUUAAUUACCCGCCGAGUCGACAUGGCCUCUCUGUUUAAGAAGAAGACUGUGGACGAUAUCAUCAAAGAACAGUCCAAAGAGCUGAGAGGCACCCAAAGACAAAUCACCAGAGACCGGGCCGCUUUGGAGAAACAGGAGAAACAAAUGGAAAUGGAAAUCAAGAAAAUGGCCAAGACUGGAAACAGAGAGGCUUGCAAGAUCCUGGCUAAACAGCUGGUUCAAUUAAGAAAGCAGAAGAACCGGACCUAUGCUGUGAGCUCUAAAGUCACCUCCAUGUCCACGCAGACCAAGGUCAUGAACUCUCAGAUGAAGAUGGCAGGAGCUAUGUCUACCACAGCAAAGACCAUGCAGACCGUCAAUAAAAAAAUGGAUCCGAAGAAGACUUUGCAGACGAUGCAGGAUUUCCAGAAAGAAAACUUAAAGAUGGAGAUGACUGAAGACAUGAUCAACGAUACCCUGGAUGAAAUAUUUAAUGAAUCAGGCGAUGAAGAGGAGUGCCAGGACAUUGUGAACCAGGUGCUGGAUGAGAUUGGUAUUGAGAUCUCUGGAAAGAUGGUGAAAGCCCCUUCAGCUGGAAAGAGCAUCCCCAGUGCAGCCAAGACCAAGACAGCUAACAUUUCAGACGAGGACAUUGAGAGGCAGCUGAGAGCUCUGGGAGUGGACUAAACCGUUCUGAACUCCCGAGACCACGAGGGCUUCUGCUGCAGCACACAUGCACCGCCACAUGCACUGUGUGGGGAUAAGGAGGACCAUGGGCUUAGCUAAUAAAUGAAUGACAUAGAAAUGUAAUAAUGUUGGGGUUUUAUAAGACAGCACAUGCUGAACAUGUUGUUGCUGUUCUUGAAAAAUCUUGUAUCUCUGUAAAAAAUAUUUGACUUUAAAUAGCCUAACAAUGUCCACACAGCUGUCAAACUGAAAUUACAUCUCCCGAUCUGAUCCAGUGGAUCAGGAUCAGGGUUGAUCCAGCCAUAUUUUAACGGAUUGUGUAUUGCAAUCCUAACCCCUGUCCAGUCUGUGUUUGAGCCACAGUAAGUCUGGUGUCCUUAAGGCACCAUUAAUGGAUGUUAUCUUCCCAGUUGGCAGCACUGAGGAGAGUUCUCAGAAAGUAAAAUAAGUUAAGAGUUUAGUUGGAGUGAAAUUAGGCAGUGUGGAAUUAUUUUACAGUAGACCAUGGAAACAUAACAUCUUUAACUUUCUUUGCUUUUAAACCACCACAGAACAGCAUUUAGAACUGACUA